AGACAAUCGUAAAGCCGCUCGGGGCUGCUCACCUGCUCCCGCCUUCCGGGGCCCCGGUCCUGCCCUUCCACCGCUGCCCCCUCCGCUGUCCGCCCCCCGCCCGAGCCCGCGCUUGCGCUGGGCACUAAGCCGAGUCCUCCGAGAGGAGGAGAGGAUGCGGCCGGCGGCAGUUGUCCACAGCAGUGCAUGGUGAUCGCCUCCCCCGGAGGAGGAGGCGCCUAGACCGUAGCCACUUUUCUUGUUUUCCUCCCCCCCGCUCACUCCCCCGUAAUUACAUUGGCUGCUGGAGAGGACUGGGAGAGACGGAGGAGGCGCCUGGCUUCCCCCCACGCGCCUGCCACCCCUGGUCUUUCCCGACCCCGGCCAGGAUGACUGGAGUCUUUGACAGUUUGGUGGCUGAUAUGCACUCGACCCAGAUCACGGCCUCCAGCACGUACCACCAGCACCAGCAGCCUACAAGCGGCGGCGGCGGCGGCGCCGGUCCCGGCAGCAGCAACGGCAGCAGCGGCAGUCUACACAAGCCCCAGGAGUCGCCGACCCUUCCAGUGUCCACAGCUACCGACAGCAGCUACUACACCAAUCAGCAACACCCGGCAGGCGGCGGCGGCAGCGGGGGCUCGCCCUACUCGCACAUGGGUUCCUACCAGUACCAUACCAGCGGCCUCAACAACGUCCCUUACUCCGCCAAGAACGGCUACGACCUGGGAUAUACAGCAGCUUACACCUCCUACGCGCCCUAUGCGACUAGUUCGCCUCCGGCCAACAACGAGCCUGAAAAGGAGGACCUUGAGCCUGAAAUACGAAUAGUGAACGGGAAGCCAAAGAAAGUCCGGAAACCCCGUACUAUCUACUCCAGUUUCCAGCUCGCUGCUCUUCAACGGCGCUUCCAAAAAACUCAGUACCUGGCACUACCGGAGCGAGCCGAACUGGCGGCGUCCCUGGGCCUCACCCAGACUCAGGUCAAAAUCUGGUUCCAGAACCGCCGGUCCAAAUUCAAGAAGAUGUGGAAGAGUGGCGAGAUCCCCUCGGAGCAACAUCCGGGAGCCAGCGCGUCACCACCCUGUGCUUCACCGCCGGUCUCGGCGCCGGCCACCUGGGACUUCGGCGCGCCGCCUCGAAUGGGAGGCGGUGGCGGCCCAGGCAGCGGUGGCAGCGGUGCAGGCAGUUCGGGCUCCAGCCCCAGCAGCGCGGCCUCGGCUUUCCUGGGCAACUACCCGUGGUACCACCAGGCCUCCGGCUCCGCGUCCCACCUGCAGGCUGCGGCGCCGCUGCUGCACCCGACACAGACCCCGCAGCCCCAUCACCACCACCAUCACCACCACCACCAUCACCACGGCGGCGGGGGCACCCCGGUUAGCGCGGGGACUAUUUUCUAAUCCUGGGAGCUGGCGCCAGAAACAGAGUAGAGACCAUUUAGCCUCAGUGUUAACCCUACAGAGUCGAAGGCUCUCACUGCUGGCCGCAGCCACCACCCACCCCUCGCACG